CACUCUCUAGAGCAGUGGUUCUCAACCUUCCUAAUGCCGCGACCCUUUAAUACAGUUCCUCAUGUUGUGGUGACCCCCAACCAUAAAAUUAUUUACCCAGUAAUUAUAAUUCAUGAAGUGUCGUUUUACCUCCAGUACUUCUGCUUUAACACAGCUGCUUUCAACACAGUAGCUGCUUUUAACAGAGUAGCUGCUUUCAACACAGCAGCUGCUUUCUGCACAGCAGCUGCUCUUCACACGUGUGACUGGUCCACA